CUCUCUCUGUCUAUUAAAAAGUUGAUUUUAAAGUUUCGUUUUCACACUAUGUAAAUACUCAAUGUGCAGGUGUUCUUAGCAUUCAGAGAUAAACAAGUCUGUUUUCAGUAAAAGUUAUUGUUACAAGAGUAUCAUUAGUAAUGUAAUGAUGUCAGCAGAUAAUCAAAUAAAAAAAAACAUGGCAUCCACGGGUUUAAUUGCAAAAGCCGUGGAAAAUUUGCGAACCUUGCAGUUAAACGAAAUGCUUUAUCCUGAUCAUAAAGUCAAAAAAAAAGAAAAAAUAGCCAACUGUUUGGCCUUGGUCAAUGGGAUUUCAACGUCAACUGUCAAAGCUGCACCACAAGUGUUGAAUCUUUCCAUUGAAAUUUUGCUUUGUUUGAGCGAUGAUCCUGAUUCUGAUGUUAGAACAGUGACUGAUGAAUGUUUAAACAAAAUAAUAAGAGAGGUAGCCGAUAGUUAUGUUUUGAAAGUGCAAUUCGAGUUGUAUCGAGAAAUCAAGAGAAACGGAGCAGCUCGCUGUUUGAGGGCUGCUUUGUGGAGAUUUGGCUUGCUUAGCCACAUGAUCAGACCAGUUAAAGCAAAAGUCUUUGCUUCUCAGCUGACUCCUUGCAUUUUGGAAAUCGCCAAGCGCAAAGAGGACACAGUGAUUGAAGCUCUCUCACAGUCAUUGCCAUUAAUUUUAAAGACGCUAGGUCACUACAUUCCAGAUAAAGAUGUAAAGGUUUUAUUGAGGGCAUUUUUUCAAAAUAUCGUUUCCAAUGAAGCUGCUCAUAGAAGAGCUUCAGCCGGAAUAAUUGUAGCUUUUUGCCUUAACUCUCGCAAGCCACAAUACUUUUUGAAUCACGUGAUAGAGCAGUGUAUAGAUAUGUUAUCCCAAACUACUGAAAAAGAUGUGGAAGAACCGGAAUGGCAUUUGAACACAGUACUGGGCGUGUUUGGCUGCUUGCGACUACUGGUUCCACACAUGGAUUCCACCUCAAGCUUCAUUCAAAACUUUGAUGAAGACCACGUCCUCGACCACCACAUUUGUAUAUACGAACUCUGCCUUUAUUACGCAAAAUUUUACUCGAACCACAAUGUGAUAAACGCUGCUCUAGAAACUCUAUCCCAACUUUUGCAAAACCCACCCAAGAACGUCGUCGCGGCUCUACUAUCCAAAGAGGGCAUACCUCAGCGAGUCAAAAAAUUAAAAGAUCGAGGCAAGCAGUGGUCGAGCAAAGUGAGCCUGGCGACGACGUCACUGAUGUCAGAAGACAACCUGGAACCCUUGUCGUCGAAUCUCUUAGAAUCCGACUUGAUGGACAUGUCUGAAAUAGGUCCCAGAGUAGAAAAGUGGAUGACCGGCAUACCAGACGCAACUGCUGUGCGCUGCAGCAACAAAGCCGAGGUGUCGGCCGACUCUAGUCAAAUCAUCGAUACCAAAGAUCUGGACGACUACAGCGGACUGGUCAUAGGAUCUGUAGACGAGGACGCAGAGAUUAAGAGCAACGCGAGCAGCGACUUGGGAAAGUUUGAGAAUCCUUUGGAUCCGAGUCCAUUUCUGCGUCCAAAAGAAAUGUUGGAGGAUGAGAACGAAGCGUUGGACGACUCAACCGCGUCGGUUGCCUCCCAACACGCAAUUCCGGUCGACGAAUUCAUGCAGCAACGUGGUGACCUUAACAUCGGUAGUCUCUUGGACGUAGACGCGUCCUUGGGGUACUGCUGUCGACUUCUCGCGUCGUCGUUCCUACUUACCGGUAAUCCAGGAGAGUUGAUACCAGACAGAGUGUUUCGGGUGAGCGUCAAAGCACUCGCUCUCGUUUGUCUCGGCAAUGCGCUGAAGCUGCAUCCUCAGGUACUAUUUGAAAGCCUAACCAAAACCCAAGAAGGACAGAUGAUGUCGGAUGUGCUGUUGUUGGCCGAGCACUCGGAUCCGCAGAUCAGGGGUAACGUGAUGCUGCUCGUGGGAUCGUUUCUCCAGGCCGUUUUUGCCCGUGACGAGACACGAUUUUACAAGGAAGGACUGCCAAGUCUCGUCAAGUUGAUCAUAAAGGGUCUAGAGGAUGAAUCUACCACUACGUGCCGUCAAACGUUGACAGCUCUCAGUGCUUUUCUACCCAGUCUUUUGGAAUCCGACGACAGGCAGUGCGCUGUGCCCAUUUUAAAAGCACUGCCUUUGUUAGCGAGUAAGCCGUAUUUCCUUGUUAAAAUCAAACUUGCUGAAAUCGUCAGUGAACUGCCGUACACCGCGAUCGAGCUGGUGGUUGGCGAGUUGAGAUUCCAGGAGAGCGUUGUCAACGUGCUUUUGGGGCUAUUGAGCGAUACCGAUCAGAGGGUCAGAAAAUCGGCUGGCAGUGCGAUCGCCAAGAUAAUCCCACAUUUGUACUUCGAGAGCCCGAACGAAGAUGCAGUGACGCGCAAGGCCAGCCGGUACGCCGAUUGCUACCUCAACUCCCCGAUCUCGAGUGAGUUCCUCAACUGCACCAGUACCGGCGGUCCGAUCGAGCAUAAGCUCCUGAUCGACAGUCUGGUCUCUCCGUACGACGCUUUGUUCCAUCUCUGCCGAGAGUCCCAGGAAUGCAGGCGAUUUCCCGACGAGGCUCUGUCGCGAGUGCUUGGCUUGCUGGCCGAUCGGUUUCUCGUUUACUCGUCCCAGGCUUUGGCACACGGAUGCUGCGAGACCUUGAGCUUGUUGAGCGAGACCUACUUGACGAGCGUGUACUCGAAAGCUUGGGACUAUCCAACGUCUGUGGGAAGCAGGCAGGCUGUGAAGAAACCGGUGAAGAAAACUUGGAAGACUGACACAGAUUAUUUGGGCGAUGGGGCUUCUGGUUUUUCCAACAAGGUGCUGUCGCCGCUGUCUAGCAGUUUAUUUUCGCAGACGAUGGUUCUGCUGAGCUCGUCGCCCCUCAGUCUCGACCUGUCGGCUCAUCGACACCUGCUGUUGCUCGCUGGAAAUCUAGUGUCCGGUAUCGCGUGCAACAACUGCAAAUCGAAAGAUCAGCACUCCCAAACGAGUAGUGAACCAGAGACUGUCAAUGAUUUCAAGUACUGGACGUUUUUCAAAGACAAGCAAAACUCCAAGUACAUGGAGGAGCUGUUGAUUCACGUGACGAGGGUACUCAACAUUUUUCAGCACGUCGUUGAAGAUCUGCCUUCGCCGAUACAGAUGUCUUCCAAAACUUCUUUGCCUUCGCUACCGUCAGCUACGUCUUUGUCACCGAAGCGUAAUCUUUUACCGAAUCAGUCUUCCAAGUCUUCAAAGUCAUCGCCCGGUGGUGACAAAUCGUCCGAUCAUACUCACCGGCUGGGUUUUCGUUUCGGGGGCAAAGACCAGCUGGGCCACCUCAAAGGUCACUCGCACUAUUUAAGACUCUACGAGAUACUACGAGCUGCACACUCGAAUUAUUGCGUCACCUUGGAGCAAGAAGCUAGCGAACUCUAUCUUGGACUUCUCAAUGCUACCCUUCAGGUUCUGUCGCAAAUUCUCGAAGUCGCGAGCUUGAACGAAACUGGUAGGUUGGCAGAAGAAAUAUUACACUACCUGCAAUCCACGAUGCUCUUGUCUUCUACCAUGACCAUCCAGUGCGUGAGACAACUAUUGAAGAGUUUAUUCGGGACAAAUUUGAUAGCCAGAUGGGUGGAUGUUUACGAGGCUUACCGCAACAGAGAAAAGAGGGACGGCAACGUGCAGGACAGUGAUGUCAACCAAACGGAGGUGGAUGGCAAGAAAGACUUUUACGAGCAGUGCUUCCAGAAACCAGCCAAAAUUAUGACCGAAAUGAUCAAGAGUAUCGGGAUCAAUUGCCGAGGUGGUUACGAGCCCGACAACGCCACUCAUCGAUUAAUACCGUCCCUGCAUCGCAAAGAAGAUAAAAAAAUCUCGUCGAUCCUGAAGAUCCUUGGCCGCAAUGUGGACCAGAACUCCUUGCACUCGUUUAUUCGGCUUUUCGAGCCUCUAGUCAUCAAAUCCUUGAUCCAGUACACGGUCUCCAAUUCCGUGCCACUGCAGUGUCAAGUUCUCAUGCUCCUUAGCCAACUGAUCCACUUGCACAUAAACUACUGCCUGAUGGACUCGGACAAGAUUUUCAUUGGCUUCGUGAUGAAGCAGUUCGAAUUCAUAGAGGAAGGCCACAUUCGCCAGACCGAGAAAUUGUUGCCCAAAGCAUUUGACUUUUUGGUUCGUUUAUCCUACGAGAAAUACCACUCGAAAAUCAUUAUCGGAGUCCCCAAGAUCAUACAGCUUUGCGACGGUUUAAUGGCCAGCGGACAGCCACCGUUGACCCACUGCAUCCCGGCUCUCGUACCCGUGGUCGAGGAAUUGUUUUUGGCCAAAACUCCUCCUGUCAGUGUCACCGAGGAAAAAGAGCUCGAGACCACGCGCGAAGUUUUAAUAUCCAUGAUGCUCAGGUUGGCCGAGUAUCCACAGGUAGUGGAACUAUUGGCCAAGUGUUUACUGGAGUCGAGGGUAAGCAGUGACGGCGAGGAGAAAUGGAGGCGAUGGUCAAGGCAGACAAUGGACGUGAUUUUACCGUCGUUGAGAAAGUUUCGCAUCGAAACGAAAAAGGCUUUCUUCUCUUUGGUGAAAUUGUUUCUAACGGUCUCGCCGACGGUUUUCCGACCAGUGGAUCCACUUUUGAAAGUCUUGUUCUCCAUGCCACCGAAUAUCGGCAAACAUUUCUCGUUGGUACGGCGUACAAAUUCACAGUUAACCAAUAAAAAUAGACAAGAGUUCAAACGCUGGAUAGGCGUGAUAAACGUGACGAUCCUUUCUCUGGUUUCUUACGCCAAAGAAGAGGCAAUGCUGGCAAGGCUUUCGGAUUUGUGCCCGACGAUUUCAGAUCUGCCGGAAAUCCUGCUGAUGCCAGUUUCGUGUCGACGAGAACUCAGCGGAGACCCUUUGAACGUCUCAGGUACGCUAGAGCCAUUCAGCAUGCCACCGGAAAAGAUACUGUCGAGAUUCAUAUUCCGAGCUAUUGGUGCUUUGAGCUCGGUUGUCGUUGACAUUACACAGAGCGCUAAUUUGAAGGUUUUAAAAGACUCGGGUGACAGCGAGGAGAACGACUACGUGAUACAUCAGUUCGCGCUGCUCCUCCAACUGUGCAUCCACAUGUUCGAGACUGGCAGCCAUUGCAAAGUUGCCAAUGCCAGCAUGCACCUGAUACAGGGCCAAAACAUUCCAAAGGAGGAGAGAUUACCACUGAACGAGUUGAACGAAGCAAUGAUGCGAAUCGGCAUCAAUUGUCCCCUCCUAGCGUCCCAGUGGAUGUACCUGUUGACUCUCCUGGGCUACAACGAAAUGAGUUUUUGGUCGCGAGUGAUCGGCUCACGGUCGAAAGUCAUUUCCAUCAAUGGGGAAAUCGUGCGACGUGCCGCGACUAUCCUUUUCUGUGAUUACCUGUGCGAGAACGUCUCCAGCGAAUCGGAACGCCUGAGUUGGCUGUUGACUCAUCACAUCGAAGCAACCCUUGCCUUGGCUGACGAAGCACCGGUUCGCGAACUCUUAGCCGUUGCGGUACACCGCGAGCCCAAGAUCAGUGAAUUGUUCCUGCGGUGCAUCGCGGAAAGCGUAUGCGUCGACCGGCGGCCGGUUUUUGUUAAACGGCUCCUGCAGUGCCUCGAAGGUGCUCAUCAAUCGCAGUCUGGACUGUUGCUCUCGGUGCUAGUGCCGAGUCUUUUGAGGUCCAAGUAUCUCGUGCUGUCGAGGAUGGCAGCGAAAAUUGCGAGCAGACGGGUCGAGGUGCUGCUCAUGCUUGGCAAAGACGAUGCGCUAGUGCAGCUGUCAAAGGAAGAUUUCGAGAACAUCAUGAGGGCAUUCGACACAGAUGGAUUGGCCAAAAAGCACGAAGCGCUGGUCGGAUUGCUCAACAAACUCGCGACAACGCACUACGAGUCGAAACCGUUGGCACUUGACAGUUCGAAACCUUUCGAUCAGUCAGAAAUAAAAAACAUCAAACUAGAUCGCACUUGGUACUUGUCGCAGGUAAAAUCACGAUGCUGCCAACCGUGUUUGAGUUACGGCUGUUUCGAAUCGGCUUGGUUGUUGAGCCACUUGAAUUUGGACGAGUGCCUGAAUGUUUUAGCGUCCAAGGAUUUCAACGUCAAACUUUUGAACGAGUGCGUCAUCGUGGGUGCUCGGCUCACGGCUCAAACUAUCCAGCAAUUGGAACUCGACGGAACAUCGAAGCCAAAAGACGACGUCGAAAGCAUUUUGUACACUGCCGCUAAACGAAGUCUCAUGCAGCGGGUGCGAAACAUCGUACAAGAGCUACCCCAGGAGCACCGACUCUUUGCUCCAGAUGAAGACCGAAACCAACCACCCAAUGAUCCUCUUGUUCUUACUAGCACGAGCUCUGUCCUCGUCGAUCCGUCCUACCGCGAGUCCCUUUUCUCGCUCCUGCCAGCCGUGGAAAGCUACGCAAACUCGCAGAGCGCGCUGUCGCGAAACACGAGCCCCGAGCACGAGGGGGAUCUCUGCCGCUUCGCGAUCCUGUGCCUCGAGAUCUCGCACCUCCUCGCCACCGGAGCUAAGCCGUCAGCGCGAGAGCUCGAGCUCUUGCUCAAGUGCGCGCGGGCGCUUCUACGCGACCCUUCCAUCGCUCGAGCGCUGUCAACAGCGGAGCAUCACAGCUGGGUGUGCUCAGCCGUGGCUGCCCUGACGGGGGUCACGAGGCGUCUCGUCGAGGACAACAGCCUGCCCGACAUCGACGAGGACUGCAGUGGGCUGAGGGUGGCGAUGGAGGACGGGGAUACCAGGGAGUACGCCGUAGCGUGUUUGAGGAUGGCUGCGCUUGUCGGCUGGAUGGAGCGGAGGAGGCGGAGAUGGAGGAUCAAGAGAUCGGCCGUGGGCUGCGAGUGGGACGACGUUCCGAGUUUCUUCGUGGAACCACUGGAGGACCUGAUCGUCAGUGUCGCUAGGCAACCACUGGUCAACUCGUUCGUGCUCACGCCCCCGCUGCUCUGGAAGCACGGUUGCGCAACCGUAGGGACUGGCUCGACCAAGUGCCAGUUUGCCCUGUUCUCGUCCGAGCCGAACUACAUUCCCGAACUCGAAGUCCUCGAGGAGUUCAUCUUCCGGAUCUCCCUGCUCGGCUGGAACUCGCGUCAACAGUUCGAAGAGAUCUGGAUGGUGUUGCUCAGCGUCCUGAACGUGUCGCAGAUGCGUAGCGACGAAGUCGAGGGCGACGCGUCGAGCAAUCUCAAUCACACGGCCAGCCUGGCGGUUCGUGCGAUUGCUAAUUUGCUCGCGCAGACCCUCGUGUUACCUUGCCCGGGUAACCCAAACAACGGCACGGUCAUCCGACAUCCGAGAGAUCCGCAAUUGUCGCUGCAAAAGAGAAGCACUCAGAGGCUGCUCGUCGUCCAGGAUCUACUGCUUUGGAAGUACCAGUACAGCGACAUUGCCAAGGAUACAAACGCCCCCAAACUGGAGCAUCUGUUCCACCGCGGUAAUUUGGAGCCCCGAGUAUCGAACCCUCACUGUAGCAGCUUCCACGCUCACGGCCAACUGUCGGUGUCCUACCUGUGGUCGCAGUGUGCACUACACGAGGACAAAUUGAGCUCGUCGACACUCGCUCUGAAAGCCCGACGCGACGAAGCCUUGGCAGCGGCUUCGCUCGACGUCAACUCCUGUCUGCGCUUCCUCUUGGAACUGUACGGCUGCUGGAUCAAUCCGGGAGCGCGUCCCAUACCGCUCAGGCUACUCCACGAGGUUGUCAGAUCGUUACUUUUGAUUUCGGAGCUGUUUGUUGAGCGCUCGCAGUUCCAGUGGAUGCUCGAAGCCUGUCUCGAGCUCUGGAAGGUCCAUGUCCCGGAAGACGAGAUGCUGAGGCGACACCUCGUCGUGGCUGUCUGCAAAGCCUCGGCUGUGCUCACGCCUUUGGACGCAGAAACCCUAGAUAAAGUUAAACGCCUGAUCGAUGGAGGUUUGAAGGCCACCUCGUUGACCAUGAGGAUAGCAACUUUACACGGAGUCUUGUACCUACUCCAGAGCGCCGUUUUGGCCGAUUGCGAAGAAACAAUGAGCGCGGUGCACCCACUGGCCAUAGAAUACAUCCAGCGUCAUUUGGACGUGUCGAAUUCCAAUAGCAGGGUAACGAGCCAAAGCGAGGAGCAUCAGUGCACGCUGUGGGCGCUUGUGUUUUUCUUACUGGAGCACGCGGAGAGUACGCCCCCGGACGCCGAGGCUCCCGCAGUAUUGGAACUCAUCUUAACCCUAGUCACUUCGCAAAACAUUUCCACGUCCUUGCACCGGAUGCUGCUUCAGGGUUUGGAAAGGCUGGUGGCAACGCGCAGCGUGAUCGGCAAGGUGCUCGAGCAGAUCGUCAAGGUUUCGAUCGAGCGACUGCGCCAGCCGAACCCUGCCUUCUCCCUUCCAGCGCUCCAGCUCUUUCUCACCUGCAUGUACACCGACACGGCCGAUCGUUUUAACAAUCCGUCGUCAUCGGUGGUCGAAUCGAGUCCCGAGGACCCGACUUCCAUCGAGCCCGAGAUCGAACGCUCGAUCGAGAGGUCGUCCGCCUUCUUCGACAAGAUUAAAAAAGGCUAUCCGGCCGAGGUGAGGAUUCUGAGUGCCGUCCUAGCCGAGAUCGUGGUGGACUUUUUUCCACCGCUCGAGAUACUCACCAAAGUCAUUGGCGAGUUUUUGUCCCCACAUCAGCCGCACCCAAGGCUCAUGUCCGCCGUCGUGUUUAAGGUUUGCGAGAGAGCUUGCAACAGCACUCAACUGGACUUGCUUCAGACUUGGGUUGUGUUUAGCAUACAAAACUUCAUUCAAAGCCUGCCCCUCGUGAUGUCCACUUGGUGCCUCUCUUGCUUUUUCAUAAGCACCUCGAUGAAUCCCUGGCUACGGGCUCUAUUUCCUCACGUACAAUCGAGAAUCGGAAAGUAUGAAUACGAAGAUAAGAAGAUACUUUGUCUCGCUGCCGCUGACUUUUAUUCCGCGCUGACCAACGAAGUCCAGAAGGAGACCUUUGUCAAGACGUUCGAGGACGCUGCGAAAAAUAUCGGGUCUCCGUUCGGAGACAUUUUGGCGUUUUUUUAAAAUAAUUGUUUCGAUGUCGACGAUGAUGAUGAUGAUAAUUUAAUUUAUUUACUUUUUUUGCAUGAUAUUGCAAAGCAAAAUGAUUUUUCUCGUCUGUACAUUUGUAAAAAAAAAAACGACAAAAAAAAAAUCUUAACGCAAGAAGUAUCACU